AUGGCUUUGUCUGCAGCGGGAAUGCUGCUCAUGCCGGUCUUCGGUCUGCUGUUCCGUUUCCAGCCACACUAUGUACACGGACUGCAGACGAGCGCAAGCAACGCUGAAAUCAACUGCUACCUCGUAGGAGGCCUGUACGCCGGUCUGUUCCUGGUUUGCGGCCUGCUACUAUCACUCAAAACUCGCGGAUUCUUCGAUAAGAUACAUGAUAAGGCUCAGGACGACAUAAGCAGGAGAAAUCAGCGCUUCAGACUGCCAUUCAUGGAGCUGGAGAGCAAGGAAUUCGUCAAGGCCAUGGAAGACAUGGACCGGCGCACUGCAGUGGUCCCGAUGCCGAAGCAGACACUGGAGCUACCGACCAAGUACCCAGGCAAAGUAGACACAGUGUAA